CACCAGUUUCCGAAUAAGUAUGAAAAUUUAUACUGUACACGUACCUCAAAUUCUUAUACCUUGAAUAAUGCAGUGAUAUUUCACAAUGCUGAUUGUGCCGAAUUUGCUGAUUCCUUUGUUCGAUAUGAUAACGCGGAAGAUGAUGCAUCGUAUCUCUUUUGUCUACAACAGAAAUGGAUAUGGGGACAAGACUUUCUGAAACCGCUUCAUUUGAACGAUGUCUUAGUUGAGCAUAAUAAAAACCAAAGGGCCUUAAAUAAAUUCGGAUAUGCAGAGCUCAAAAACCUACACAUUAUUACAAUAUAUUUCACGACACAAGCAACAAAUCCUAACUUGUCCUACUCCUUUCGUUCCACUAUUCCUGAUAAUAUCCUUAUCGUUGUGGCCUUUGGUGCUGCAAUUAGAGAUUCACAAGAGGAGUUGCAGCGUAAACGACCAUUUUACACAUCUGAAGAUUUUAUUAAGAGGGCAAUAUACAAUGAUACUGAUGAAAUUAAAACGAAGGUACGCAGGCUUUCAUAUUUUCCAUUCGAGAACUGUGAAGAUUUGCCAACUCGAGAGUUACCUGAAUUUAACCCCAGGACCAGCCAAAGACUUAGAGAAAAGGAGUCUGCAAGAAAUAAUACCAAAAAUCUCUGA